AUGUCGGAACUUAUCUUCCGUUUCUCCGGCGGACGCUCUACCGAGUCGAAGCUUUCAGCUGGUAGCUCGUUUAAGUUGAUACUUUCAGCUGGUAGCUCGUUCAAGUCCAAACUUUCAGUCGGUAGCUCGUUUAAGGUGAUACCUUCAGCUGAUAGCUCGUUCGAGCCCAAACCUUUUUGCCGUUUCGCCGGUAUUUCGUUUAUGUCGAAAGUUAUCUUCCGUUUUGCCGGUGGACGCUUUACCGAGUCGAAGCUUUCAGCUGGUAGCUCGUUUAAGUUGAUACCUUCAGCUGGUAACUCGUUCAAGUUCAAACUUUCAGUCGGUAGCUCGUUUAAGGUGUUACUUUCAGCCGGUAGCGCAUUCAAGUUGAGGCCUUUUUGUCGUUCCGCCGUUGGAUGCUCUUCCGAGACGAAACUUUCAACCGGUAGCUUGCUCACUGGUGCUUCUGGUCGCGCUUUUGCUUCUGCUAGUGCUUCUGGUCGUGCUUCUGGUCGUGCUUCUGGCCGUGAUUCUAAUCGUGCUUCUGAUGGUACUUCUGGUGGUGCUUCUGAUAGUACUUCUGGUGAGGCUUCUAAUGGGGCUUCCGCUUCUGCUAGUGCUUCUGGUGAUGCCUCUGCUAGUGCUUCUGGUGGUGCUUCUGCUAGUGCUUCUAGUGGGGCUUCUGGUGAGGCAUCUGGUGGAGCUUCUUUUAGUGCUGAUGCUGGUGCUGCCGGUGCUAGUGCUACUUCUGGUGCUAAUGCUGGCGCUGAUGUUGAUGCUGGCGCUGAUGUUGAUGCUGACGGUGCUGGUGCUACUGCUGGUGCUAAUGCUGGCGCUGAUGUUGAUGCUGCCGGUGCUGGUGCUACUGCUGGCGCUGAUGUUGAUGCUGCCGGUGCUGGUGCUACUGCUGGCGCUGAUGUUGAUGCUGAUGUUGAUGCUAUUGCUGAUGCUGCUGGUGGUGCUGGUGUUGAUAUUGGUGGACGCUCUUCCAGGUCAUAA